GAUGCCCAAGUCAAAGGAAGUUCUGUCCUCAACCUCUGGCAGCGGCAGUGGCAGUGACUCCAACAGUGAGAGUGAGACCAAGGUAAACGUAACAAUCCCACACUCCUGUGUUGUAUCCAAAGUCACAGAGUAAAGACGUUAGCCUACAGUACACUUGUGACUGUUUUGUGGUUCAGUCAAUAAAACUAAAUAGGACACAAAUAUUUCAAAAUGCUCACACAAAUUCAACACGGAAGCUGUGUUUUUAUAUUUACAUUUUACAUUUAGCAGACGCUCUUAUCCAGAGCGACUUACAGGAGCAAUUAGGGUUAAGUGCCUUGCUCAAGGGCACAUUGACAGAUUUUUCACCUAGUCGGCUCGGGGAUUAGAACCAGCAACCUUUCGGUUACUGGCACAACGCUCUUAACCAUUAAGCUACCUGCCGGUAGUUAGUCUUCUUCAAACUGCAUAUAUUUUAUGCUAAUGUACUUAUUGUAAUCAGAGGGUUCCUUUUGCACUUUCAAAACAGAAUGUUUGAAAAAUGUUAUAUGCUGUAUUGAAAUGAACCCCUGUUGUAGGCCAAGAAGAGAAAGCAGGCAGCACCAGAGAAACCAGCUGCUAAGAAACCGAAAGGAGGAGAGAGUUCCAAGCCGGGUGGAACCUCCAAGGGAAGUCACAACCAGGACAAGGAUGACAACAAGUUCCAGGUAAGCAGUGAAGAACAACAGUGUCAGUCCAUCCCCGGUACAAAAGAUGCAACAUUAGCUGCAUGUCGAUAUGGUUGUGUCUCUAUGUUUCUCUUUUUUAUUUCAGAUUGGGAAGAUGCGGUACGUGAGCGUUCGUGAAUUCAAAGGUAAAUGUCUGAUCGACAUCCGUGAGUACUGGAUGGAUCAGGAGGGGGAGAUGAAGCCUGGCAGGAAAGGUAAGAAACCUGGCUUUGGGGUGUGAAGCCUACAGCAGGGCCCCUGGGGCCUAGUUUAUAACCGUUGCGUACAUUUUACACUAAAUAUCUGCGCCGUUCCUGAAAAGACUGCGCACGCACAACAAUAUUGAGAUUAAUUAACUUGGCUCACACAAUACAUACAAACAAUGCAUGUUUCCUGUUAUAAUUCAGACCUGUCAUAAAACUGUGUGCGUGAAUGAGCAUUACAGUGAGGGAAAAAAGUAUUUGAUCCCCUGCUGAUUUUGUACGUUUGCCCACUGACAAAGAAAUUAUCAGUCUAUAAUUUUAAUGGUAGGUUUAUUUGAACAGUGAGAGACAGAAUAACAACAACAAAAUACAGAAAAACACAUGUGAAAAAUGUUAUACAUUGAUUUGCAUUUUAAUGAGGGAAAUAAGUAUUUGACCCCCUCUCAAUCAGAAAGAUUUCUGGCUCCCAGGUGUCUUUUAUACAGGUAACGAGCUGAGAUUAGGAGCACACUCUUAAAGGGAGUGCUCCUAAUCUCAGUUUGUUACCUGUAUAAAAGACACCUGUCCACAGAAGCAAUCAAUCAAUCAGAUUCCAAACUCUCCACCAUGGCCAAGAUCAAAGAGCUCUCCGAGGAUGUCAGGGACAAGAUUGUAGACCUACACAAGGCUGGAAUGGGCUACAAGACCAUCGCCAAGCAGCUUGGUGAGAAGGUGACAACAGUUGGUGCGAUUAUUCGCAAAUGGAAGAAACACAAAAUAACUGUUAAUCUCCCUCGGCCUGGGGCUCCAUGCAAGAUCUCACCUCGUGGAGUUGCAAUGAUCAUGAGAACGCUGAGGAAUCAGCCCAGAACUACACGGGAGGAUCUUGUCAAUGAUCUCAAGGCAGCUGGGACCAUAGUCACCAAGAAAACAAUUGGUUACACACUACGCCGUGAAGGACUGAAAUCAUUAUGCUUUGGGGGUGUUUUUCUUCUAAGGGGACAGGACAACUUCAAUGCAUCAAAGGGACGAUGGACGGGGCCAUGUACCAUCAAAUCUUGGGUGAGAACCUCCUUCCCUCAGCCAGGGCAUUGAAAAUGGGUCGUGGAUGGGUAUUCCAGCAUGACAAUGACCCAAAACACACAGCCAAGGCAACAAAGGAGUGGCUCAAGAAAAAGCACAUUGUGGAGGGAGCUGAAGGUUCGAGUUGCCAAACGUCCGCCUCGAAACCUUAAUGACUUGGAGAAGAUCUGCAAAGAGGAGUGGAACAAAAUCCCUCCUGAGAUGUGUGCAAACCUGGUGGCCAACUACAAGAAACGUCUGACCUCUGUGAUUGCCAACAAGGGUUUUGCCACCAAGUACUAAGUCAUGUUUUGCAGAGGGGUCAAAUACAUAUUUCCCUCAUUAAAAUGCAAAUCAAUUUAUAACAUUUUUGUAGGUUUAAAAUAAACCUACAAUUAAAAUUAUAGACUGAUCAUGUCUUUGUCAGUGGGCAAACGUACAAAAUCAGCAGGGGAUCAAAUACUUUUUUCCCUCACUGUAUAACUCCGCCUGAAAAACGCCCAUCAUUCACUUUUUAUGGUGACAAUAAUGCCCUUAUUUGCUGUACAUUUACAUUACAUUUUACAUUUUAGUCAUUAUACUUUGGAAGUAUUGGAAUCAGGCCAAGACAGUAUCUAAAGAAAAUAGCAACAGCGAACUUAAUCGAAUGUCUUUGGAGGUGUUGGCAGAAUGUUUUCUUUUGUAGUAACAUUUGCUGUAUCUGACAAUUUCUGGAAAAAAAGUUGUUUUGCAAAUUGUGUGGACCUGUAAACGGGUUUGAAUUCAAUAAUGUUUUGCAUUUACUUUUUCCCGAACAUAAAUAUGCUGCACUGCCCGCGAAUUCUUGUCUACUCUGAAAAAAAUGAAAACUACAGUAUAGGCCUACUUACAGUGGUAGCCUACACUUCAAUACAAAAGACCAACUGUCUGUUCACCUGUUGAAUUCUACUGUAUGUUAUAAACCACGCUAUCUUGCAGAUGCAUAGAGCAAAAACUUGAAAUUAUAAUAGCCUAUCUAAUAGGCCCAAAUAAAUGAGAGGAUGCAUGGUAAUUUCUUGUAUGGCUACUUGGGUAAUAUUAACUUAUCAUGCCCAGAAAAUGUGAGGAAUGUAUACUGCAAUGGUUAUGAUAUACAGUAUUAUGUUUAUAAAUGAAAUAUUGUCUACUCAAGAAAUUUGACAUUAUAGUAUUCAGACGUAGCCUACAAACAAAAAUUGAAAAAAUGAACUGUCUGUUCUACUGUUAAACUGCUCUUCGGAUCGGAUCUCAUAGAGCAAAACAAUUGAAAUAGCAUAUCUAUUUAUUACUGCUGUGAAGUAGGUCCAAUUAAAUGAGAGAUUGGACAAAUGGUAGCCUAUCCUAACUUGUUGUAGGUCUAUAGGCUAUUUGGCGAGUAUGAAACCGUCACAGUCAGAAAAGGUGAUUAAUUUAUUCUGCAAUGAUCAUGGAAAUAAAAUAAAUGAUAGGAAGUAGAAUUAUUUUAGAAUACAAAGAUAAAAUACUUUGUUCUUCUCACUAAUGGCAAAUUAUUUCAUUUUGUUAUUAUAUUUAGCUAGCUGUAUUAUAUAUUUUUGUGAAUACGAGUGUCAUCAUAUAUUCCCCAAAGCUACUUUUGACUUCUUGCAAUGAAAUACUUCAACCACUAGAAACUGCGUAAGCAUGGUCUAAAGUUUACGCGAGGAUAAGCACAUUCUCACGUCAAGUUCAGUUUUGAUAAAUGCCAACUUUUACGUGAACUGGUGCACAUGUUUUGGGGCAUAUUUUGUGUGUACGUAGCAUUUAUAAAUGAGUCCCCUGGCCCCUGAACCAACAGACAUGAUGUUGCUAUACAAACAUAUGGAAUGAUGAAUCAUUGGUUUAAAUUGUUUUAUCGUAAUUUCGGUGCUUCAACCAACAAUGAUAUAUAUUUGUUUAUUCAUGAUUUGUAAACUACUUAACUAAUAAUUAACUGUCUAUUAUAAACUCAUUAGGUACAGUACAUUUACAUUUCAAGGGGCAAUCAGCAGUUGAAACAUAUAUAACGGCUCUUAAAUUCAUAGACAGAGCUAUAGAUGCAAGGAUUGACCAUCCAUUAUAUCAAAAUUAUAGUUUUAACCAUGUUUUGAGGCUAUAUAGUGUUUGUUUACAUUUACGUUGUUUACAAACAUUGGAGUUAAACAAGUUUAUAUUCUGAUGAGGUACGACAGUUGAGCUAAGCUAAUGAGGCAUAAGUUAUUUUCUUCAAGAAUCAAUGGAUACAUAUCAUAUAUCAAGUCCAAAAAUGGAUGUAGCAACUGCAGAUUACCCCUUUAAGACACGCUGUACAGUGGUAUAAAUAAAUAAUGUAUGCACUAACUGUAAGUCGCUCUGGAUAACAGCGUCUGCUAAAUGACAAAAAAUGUAAAUGUAAAUAUACCCAGAUUUGUGGUAAUUUCUGGAUUCUAUAUCUGAACCUAGAUCAGUGGACUUGCCUCUGUCUAACUUUUCUCUGGUCUGUCCCAAGGUAUCUCACUAAUACUAGAUCAGUUUACUAACCACUCUGUCUGACUGGUCUCUGCUCUGUCCCCAGGUAUCUCACUGAACCCAGAACAGUGGAACCAGCUAAAGGAUCAGAUCUCUGAGAUAGACGAUGCUGUGAAGGCUAUA